AUGAAGCCGUAUUCGUGCGCACAAAACGGAGCACAACUUGAAGCGGAUAACAAGAACGCGAUGACAAUGAGAGACGUGACGUUUUGCAUCGACCGAGGCGGGACGUUUACGGACGUCUACUGCGAAUACAUAGAGUCAGGAACGAAGAAGAAGAUGGCUAUUAAACUUUUAUCGGAAGACCCGAAGAAUUAUCAAUCCGCACCCCGGGAAGGUAUUCGACGCGCGUUGGAAAUCAUCACGAAGGAAAGCAUUCCGAGAGAGGUGAAAACGCCAACCGCGAGGAUUAAAUCGGUACGGAUGGGGACGACGGUUGGGACGAACGCGUUGCUGGAAAGGAAAGGAGCGAAAGUUGUCGUCGUCGUCACGCGAGGAUUCAAAGAUUUGCUCACGGUUGGGAACCAAUCGAGACCGGAGAUUUUCAAGUUGGACGCGAGGCGGCCGGCGAGUUUAGCCGAGAGAGGCAUCGAGGCGGAGGAAAGGGUGAGACCGGUUCGAUGUUCGACGAUGAGUGGAUAUGGAGAAUUCUAUUAUAGAAAAGGGAACGAGGUGGUUGAUAUGGCUAAAGUGAAAACAAACGAGGAGAUUGAAAUCGUGGAAAAAUUAAACGUGGAGAGUUUACGGCAAUCGCUUUUGGAGGCAAAAAAGGAUGGGUUCACCUCCGUGGCGGUAGUUUUGAUGCACUCGUACGCGUAUCCAGAACACGAAAUUAUGAUUGGUGAAUUAGCCGAGGAGCUUGGUUUCGAGCAAAUUUCGUUAUCGUCCGCGUUGACGCCGAUGGCGAGGGCGGUGCCGAGAGGACACACCGCUGCCGUGGAUGCCUACUUGACGCCAAAGAUCAAAGAGUACGUGAAGACGUUUGUGGAAGGGUUUGAUGACGGGUUAAUGCGAGAUGUUCCGGUGUUGUUCAUGCAAAGCGACGGAGGCAUGACGUCUGCGGAUAGAUUUUGUGGGUAUAAAGCGAUUCUGAGCGGACCAGCGGGAGGAGUUGUCGGGUACGCUCGCACGGCGACGGAGGAAAGUAGUAGUAGUAGUAAUCCGAACGAAGAAGAUGACGAAAAAAUAGAAUCCGUAAUUGGGUUUGAUAUGGGUGGUACGUCCACGGACGUUUCACGAUACGAUCCGAAACAAGGGUACGAGCACGUUACCGAAACCGUCACCGCAGGUGUCGUCGUGCAGUGUCCGCAACUUGACAUUUCCACCGUAGCCGCGGGCGGAGGGAGUAAACUGAAAUUCUUCGCCGGAGGAUUCCAAGUUGGUCCGGAAAGUGUUGGCAGUGAACCUGGACCGGCAUGUUAUAGAAAAGGCGGCGAGUUAGCAGUCACAGAUGCGAAUGUCGUUUUGGGACGAGUGCUACCGGAAUACUUUCCAAAAAUUUUCGGUCCGGAUGAGAAUGAGCCGCUCGAUCGAGCGGCGUCGGUGGCAAAAUUUGAACAGUUGCGAGAUGAAAUCAACGCUUGGUUUCGCGAGCGCGAAAUAGAAAAUAGCAAUAGUAAUAGCAGCAGCAGUCACAUAGAUUUAUCGACCGAAGAGGUCGCAUUAGGUUUCCUUCGCGUCGCGAACGAGGCCAUGUGCCGCCCGAUUCGAGAAAUUACCGAAUCGAAGGGGUUUGAAACGUCCAAGCAUAUUUUAUCCGCCUUUGGUGGUGCUGGUCCGCAACACGCGUGCGCGGUGGCGAAAGCGUUAGGCAUUCGAUCCGUCAAAGUUCACAAAUACUCAGGAAUAUUGAGCGCUUUUGGUAUGGGUUUAGCCGAUGUCGUUCGAGAAAAACAAACCGCGUGCUUCGCGGCGUAUUCCAAAGAGAACGAAAAGUUAUUCGAAAAGACUGCCGAUGAGCUUCGCGAAGUCGUCACGCGAGAAUUAGUCGAAGAAGAAGGGUUUACCAGAGACGUCAUCGAAACCGAACUAUAUUUGAACAUGCGCUUUGAAGGCACGGACGCUCCGAUGAUGAUUAAAGAGCCAUCGAAAAAAUCCAACCCUUCGCGUUCGUUCAUGGAUGAAUUUCGAGACCGCUUUCGCGCGGAGUACGGAUUCGUGAUGGAAAAUCGCGAAGCAAUCGUCGAUGACGUUCGCGUGAGAGGCGUUGCGAAAUCCGAAGUGAAUUUAUUAGUUUCUGAAGGAGAAGAAACACGUCAAGAAAUGCAAAAGAAUGGCAGCACCAGAAGCUUAGAGCAGCGAGAGAAAUCGCAAACAAAGACGUACUUUGAAGGCGAGAACGGAUGGACCGAAACGCCGGUGUACGAAUUGCUCGAUUUAUUCCCGCGAGAUGAAAUCGUUGGACCGGCUAUAAUUAUGAACGGCACAUCCACGUGCGUCAUCGAACCCGAGUGCGUCGCGUUGGUAACAGGUGCGGGCGAUCUCGAGAUUACCGUCGAUGGAAUGUCAUCAUCAAAAUCUUCCUCUUCGGGCAAAAAAGCUUCUUUUGAAUUAGGGGUUGAUGAGGACGACGACGACUUCGACGAAGUUGCGUUUUCGAAAAAAAUCGCUGAUCCUGUGCUCGUUUCGUUAUACAACAAUCGAUUCAUGGGUAUCGCAGAGCAAAUGGGACGCACUUUACAACGCACGGCGGUAUCUACCAACAUAAAAGAGCGUUUGGAUUUUUCGUGUGCGAUUUUCUCGCCGAGCGGAGGGUUGGUCGCCAACGCGCCGCACGUGCCCGUUCAUUUGGGUGCAAUGUCCUCAACUGUUUCUUGGCAGCUGAAACAUUUGAAAGGCGAUUUACAAGACGGCGACGUGCUUGUCACCAACCACCCGUGCUCGGGUGGCUCGCAUUUACCGGACAUUACCGUUGUCACCCCCGUGUUCUUCAAAGGAAACAAGUUGGAGUUUCUCGUCGCGUCGAGAGGGCAUCACGCGGAUGUUGGCGGGGCGACGCCGGGUUCUAUGCCGCCAUUUUCAACAAAGUUGAGUGAAGAAGGCGUGGCAAUUGAAUCUUUCAAGAUAUUAAAGAAAGGCGUGUACGACGAGGAAGGUUUGGUGAAGAUAUUGAAAGAAGGCAAAUCGAGAAAGAUUGAGGACAAUUUGAACGAUUUGCGCGCGCAAGUUGCAGCCAACGCGCGAGGGAUUCAAUUGAUUCGCGAGUUAAUGCGGGAUUCUGGGACAAAAGAAACGAGAGAGUACAUGCGUUUCGUGCAAAUGAACGCCGAACUAGCCGUCCGUGAAACGUUAAAAGCGUUUGCGAGUAAGAUUCUUGCAAAAAGAAACGAUACUCGAAGCGAGACGGUGACGGUUGAGGCGUCUGAUUUCAUGGACGACGGUUCUGAAAUUAAACUUUCACUGACGCUGAACGCCAAAGACGGCUCGGCCAUUUUUGAUUUCGCGGGAACUGCUCCAGAAGUUGUGGGAAACUGGAACGCUCCACCGGCGGUUACCGUUGCCGCGGUGAUCUACGCCUUGCGAUGUAUCGUAGAUGAACCGAUCCCACUGAAUCAAGGCUGUUUAGCGCCAGUCGACGUUCGAAUCCCAGACGGGUGCUUCUUGUCCCCGUCAUCGACUGCCGCUGUCGUCGGUGGCAACGUCUUAACUUCGCAGCGAGUCACCGAUGUCAUUUUCGAAGCUUUCGAAGCGGCGGCGAAUUCGCAAGGAUGCAUGAAUAACUUCACCUUUGGAGACGAAACGUUUGGCUAUUACGAAACCAUCGGUGGUGGUGCCGGUGCGGGUCCAGACUUUGUCGGUGCGAGCGGUACGCAAACGCACAUGACCAAUACGCGCAUCACGGACGUGGAAAUCCUCGAACGUCGAUACCCUGUGCUCGUAAAUACGUUCGCGUUGAGGCAAGGUUCCGGCGGCGAAGGUAAGAACAAAGGCGGCGAUGGAUUAGUCAGAGAGUUUACGUUUCUCAAACCGCUCGUGGCGAACGUGUUGAGCGAACGACGCGAGAGGAAUCCGAGAGGGUUGGGUGGUGGUCACGACGGUGCGAAAGGAAGAAAUCUACUCAAGAGGAAAGGGAGUGAAAACUUUGAAGUCAUCGGCGGGAAGGUGUCCAUCAACGUCGACGCGGGCGAUGUUUUGAGAAUCGAAACGCCCGGGGGUGGUGGAUAUGGGCCUAAAUGA